AUUUGUUCAAGCCCUGGCCCGUUCUCUGUUGAUUGGGCGACUAAGUUAUUAUCAUCAUCUCUUGCAUAACAACUGCGACUUGUUCCUUGAUAGGAGAACCUGCAAAUAGCUGUGAAUUGCAUUAGUUAAACACUAGAAGUUUGAAGCUUGACACCAGUUCAUAAAUUUCAUGACUAUUUGUUUAGAUUCUGUGUAGCAUUCUGAGGUCAAUGGUUUAUGAAGGGUUAGAUGGUGACGAUGGAGAGAACUAAAACAUCUUAUUUUCUUCUAAGCGUUCAACAUGUUAUUAGCGAUGCUAUAUGCUAUAAUCUGUUUGAUUCUCAGUCUUUUUCUGAGUUAGAUAUGUCUGAAGAGAAGCACAAAGGCAACAAGUCGAAUAAUAAGGCUAAUACGUUACAAGUAAAUCCUAAUAACAGUAACAAAAAUCACUCAGAAGUGACCAAACCUAUCCCACUGGCCACAGCAUCACCACCAGUAACAGUAUUGAACAGUCAACAACAGCUGAAAACUAAAGGUCUUGAAUCUGCAACAAAACUGUUAACAUCCAAUAAAAAUCAGCCUAAGAGGUUGCAAAAUGAAAAAACCUCAAUUGACAUUCAACAACAACACCAACAUCAGAAUAAUAAUGACAAUGAUGAAACAGAUAAAUUAUUUGAAGACAUCAAAUUUAAUGUGAUUUCAGAAUCGAAUGGAUUUGAUUUAGGUUCAUCCUUACUAGAUGAAGUAUUUAAAUGCUUUCAAAUGGAGAAAUCUAUCGAGAAGACAAAUAACACUGGAAACGAUGAAGAGAACCAGUUUGAUUCGAACACUAAAAAAGAGACUGAUAGAAUUUAUUCAAUAAAUAAUAACCAACAUUCUGAUGUAUUAAAUGGUGUUGGUAAUGAUGAUAUGCUCAAUUUAAAUAGUACUGUGAUUAACAAAUUAAGUUCAACUGACGAUCUAACCACUGAAUAUCCAGUUGGAACAUUCAAUGCAACACCAGAUCCAAUCAAAAUGGGAAGAAAUGCCUGGAAACCAGUUGAUGUCUCACGACAAUUUCGUGCCUCUUCUUCUUCUUCUACACCAAGAAGAAUCUUAACCAAUGGCAGUAUAACACCACAUUCUAAUGAUUAUCUUAGCACAUAUAUAACAAGUAAUAACAAAAAUAACAGCCAUAUUCUUGAUUCACCAUCUCACCAAUCGAUUUUUACAAAUACACUAAAUUAUGAAGUAAAAGAAAAUCGAGUAAGUGAUUCAAAUUAUGUCGAAAACCAUCGUGUAGUUGGCAAUGAUGAUGAUGACGAUGAUAGCGAUGUGAAUCAUCUUAGAAAAUUAAAGUCUACUAUUAUAAAAACAGAGCAUAAAUCAUCUCUAUGGAAGCGUAGUUCUUUUGGAAGUUUAACACGUCGUAGUUCCUCCGUAUCAAAAUCAUCAAAUAAAAAUAAUUUCAUGGGCUUUAAUCAAUCAGAUCAUGAUAAUAAUACUAAUAAACGACUAACAAUAAGUAGACCAGUUCUGUUGAGUCGACCCAAUUCAAUCACUCAGACAUCACUGAAUCAAUUGCCAUCAAAUUCAUCUUCAUCAUCAAUUGUUGGUGGUUUAACCGAACCAAGUAGUUUAGGCAGCUCAACAAGUCGUGGGAGUUCACUGACUGUUGUUUCAUCAGCCAAUGGUUGUAGUAGCAACAGUGGUGGUGGUGGUGGCGGUAACGCAUGUUCCUUAUCAGUAAAUAAUGGUCAAGAAGAACUAUUAGCACCUGAAACACAUUCAUUGAAUACAGAUAUUCACCACCAACCGUCUGCAUCUUCUUAUUAUGAGAUAUCAACGAAUGCAUCACUUUCACCAGCACCUAGUUUAUCUUCAAUGAUCGUUACUAAUUAUUUACUACCAAAUUCUAAUGUUACAUCAACUGCACAGGGGUGUUUACGUGCAUUAAGAUCAGGUGAAACAGUGUUUCGUGCAUCAAUGAACACUUCGAGUGGAACCUUGAAUUCACGUAGAAAAAUGAGUAUGUCGUCUAGAGUGAACCCUACAGUGAUGGCAGAUGAAAAUUUAGCCAAUUCAAGGAUCCAGAAUUUAUCUCCUUCUGCAACGUUGAUUAAUUUAACGGCUAAAAAUGCUAAUGAUACUAGCAUUUCAUCGUCAUCAUCAAGUUUACUAAAGAACUUAACACGUACACACUUAUCACAACAUUCAUCAUCAUCUUCCUCUUCAAUUUCACCACCAACUACUCCUUUCCCUUACGAUUCGUCAAAUGGACAGCCAGGUAAUAUACACUCGAAAUUGGAUCGCACAACACUAAUAACAUCGAUGGCGAAAACAAACGGAAGCAAUGAUAACAGAUCUAGUAUGGAUCUAGACUGUGUAAUGGCAUCAUUUUUAGGCAAAGAUUUCGCUGAUUUCCUUGGUGGUGAUACAAAUAUUUAUGAGCCUUAUUCUUCUUCUUCACCUUCUAAACAUUUGUCUAACAAAAGUCAAGUUGGAUUGGAUUCUCAAUCGAAUUUGUCAAGAUCACCGUUCAAAUCAAGUCUGUCUAGAUUGCCGCGACGUAGUAAUCUGCCUAAUAAUGAAGAAGAUGAUGUACUCGCUAUAUAA